CUCACCCUCCCUCCCUCUCUCUCUCUCUCUCUCUCCUCGGGAGGCUUCUCCCUCCUCUCCUUCGCCAAUCGCCCCCAUUGCUUUUGGGCUAUAUAGGGAGGGAUUGGAUUGGAAAAGGAGCUCCCGGCGAGUUUGAACCCAUCCAAAACCUCAUCUUUCUCUCGUCUCCCCCACGCGCUUCCCGCCGCCGCCGACGCCGACGCCGCCGCCGCCGUAUAGGAUCAAAUGCGGCGAGAUCUGUGCGCGUGACGCCGUCGCCCGCCAGAGCCUGCUCCCUCUGAGUUUCGGAACAGGGAGCGCCUGGUUCAGGUCUUCAAGAUCUCUCCGGUGGUUAAGGUGAGUUCUUGCUUGUGGACUGGAGCUCGUGGUUCAGGUUUCAGAGCUUGGCUAGGACUUUCCUUUUCUUUUGAUUUUUUUUGGCUCCUCGAUCAGUUGGAAUAGUUGGAUAUCUGCCUUUGAUGUUCCGUGCAAUGUUGCCCAAGUGGUUCUAGUGUGUUGUUGGAGUCGGUGAUUGUACUCCUGGACCCCCCAAAAAAGAUUGGAUUUUGGUUGCUUGGAUUCGGGGAUUACAUUUCACUCUCCCUGAACAUUUUUAACGCGUUGUUGGAGCUGGCAUUUCGGAUUCAGUAAGUUGAUUGUUAGAAUAUUUUGGUUUAAGUUGGUACGAGCCGGGGCCGAUUUUGAAAAUAAUUCAAUUUUGAAAAUAGAACUAUCAAAAGAAUUUAGUUGGAAUAAAGCUAAACAUCCCGAUAUGCUUCUCUUACCAUUUAUUUAUCAAGUUAAAUCCGCCUUUUAGGCUAAUUCCAGCGCUAUUUUCAAAACUAUGAACUUUGUAACUGUAUCGGAUAAGUGUCGUGAGGAUGAAACUUGUCUCACAUUUCAUGAAAUUCCUCCUCUCUCCUCGUAAUGAGCAAAUUUUCACUAAUAUGGUAUAAUAUUUAACACUUAUGAAACUUUCACUAAGAUUGGAUUUAUACGCGCGUGUUAUUAUCUACCAUUAGCAUUAAUGCUGUUACCGUGACGUUGUCGGUGGUUCUCCGGUUAAACAUUUCGAGCUCGAGCUCAGAAUCCUCCAGCUUUAGAUGGCAAGCUCGCUCGAACUCGUCUCAUUGACAGCCCUCCCGCUCAGAGGGCUCAGCUCGCUCAAGUUCAUCUCCUCCCUUGCUCUUCCUUCCCCUUCUCUCGGACUCUCUCCUCCCUUUGCUCUUCAUUCCCUGGCGGCGGCGGCUGGGCGAGCGGCGGCGCCAUUUGUCCUGUCUUCGCCCAGCCCUUUGCCGGCGACGAGCGCAUCCUCCAGGACUGUAGGACAUAAGCUUACUUUGAGUGAGCUGCAGACUACCGAAGGAUGGAUCAGUAUGAGGUAUUGGAGCAGAUUGGAAAAGGAGCAUUUGGUUCUGCACUGUUGGUGAGGCACAAGGUGGAGAAGAAGAAGUAUGUGCUCAAGAAGAUUCGACUUGCGCGACAAACGGACCGAACUCGCAGGUCUGCACAUCAGGAGAUGCAGCUUAUUGCAACAGUCAGGAAUCCAUUUAUCGUGGAGUACAAAGAUUCAUGGGUGGAAAAGGGUUGCUAUGUUUGCAUUGUUAUAGGUUACUGUGAGGGAGGAGACAUGGCUGAUGCUAUCAAAAGAGCCAACAGUAACCAUUUUUCUGAGGAGAAAAUCUGCAAGUGGCUUGUGCAGCUUCUCAUGGCUCUUGAUUAUUUGCACGCAAAUCACAUUCUUCAUCGUGAUGUGAAGUGCUCCAAUAUAUUUAUUGCCAGAGAUCAAAGCAUACGCCUUGGCGACUUUGGGCUUGCAAAAAUAUUGACUUCUGAUGACCUUGCCUCUUCUGUGGUAGGAACACCAAGUUAUAUGUGCCCAGAACUUCUUGCUGAUAUACCAUAUGGUACCAAAUCCGAUAUAUGGUCCCUAGGAUGUUGCAUAUAUGAAAUGACCGCUCUCAGGCCUGCAUUCAAAGCUUUUGACAUGCAAGCUCUGAUUAACAAGAUCACAAAGUCGAUAGUGUCACCAUUGCCCACAAGAUAUUCUGGUGCCUUUAGGGGGCUUAUCAAGAGCAUGCUACGGAAAAGUCCAGAACACAGACCAAGUGCUGCAGAACUGCUAAAGCAUCCUCAUCUUCAGCCUUAUGUGCUUCAAGUCCAGUUGAAGUCUAGUCCUUCUCGCAACAUGUCUCCAAUCUACCAAUCUUUGACAGACAAAGUUAAGAAGAUGACAUUUCCUUGCGAUAUAACUGAUUCUGUGCGAAGAAGGGUGGCAAGAAGAAACACGUUAGGAAAUGAGAGGACUGUAACAUUCUGCAAACCAUCUCCUGAGCGGAAUUCUGUUAGCUCCACUCGGAGCAUCAAAGAAUAUACAACUACACAGAGUGUCAAGGAGUUCUCCAUCGACAGCAGUCAAGUUGAUGAUGAGGUUACCAGUAAAGCCAUUAUAACAAAGACAUCAGGCAUUCUAAGGACUCCCAAGAGUACUCCAGCCAAGACAUUGACAACUAGGAAUCGGCUGGACCCUCCAAAAACAUCUUAUACCAGAACAAACCACAGCGAGCUGUCCUCAAGAACACCUCUAAACAAAAGCGCCCGUACAGCUCGAAGAGCAUCCCUCCCGCUGCCAACAUAUGGAAUGCCUAGCAGCCGCACCAUAAGCAUCCUGGACCGGCUAGACUCCCCAGAUGUGUCUGUCAAUGCACCUCGAAUUGACAGGAUUGCAGAAUUCCCUCUGGCUUCAUCGGAGGACCCCUUGGCCCCCAUCAACAAGCUCUCUCCAGCUCCUGGUCACGGUUUGUGCUCCACGCCUCCCUCCAUCAACCGGUCGAUCACCAAGGACAAGUACACUGUCCAGGUGCUGCACACCGGUGAUGGGGACAACGGGAGCGACUCAUCUGGGCGCAAUGCUACUGCUGCAUCAAGCAGAGGGUCCAACGACUCGAGGCUGCAGCGGUUCGACACCUCAUCGUUCCAGCAGCGCGCGGAGGCGCUGGAGGGGCUGCUGGAGUUCAGCGCUCAGCUGCUGCAGCAGGAGCGGUACGAGGAGCUGGGAAUCCUGCUGAAGCCAUUCGGCCCUGAGAAGGCGUCCCCCAGGGAGACCGCCAUCUGGCUCACCAAGAGCUUCAAGGAGACGACGUCAUAGCCUCUUACCUUCUGUAUGAACAUAUAGUUGCCAGUUUUGUGAUGCGCAAUGUAGCUCAGGUAGUUUAAGCUAUGUUAGGAUCCAAGCUUAGCUGCUGGAAGGCAACACCAGCUCAGUGUCGCCCUAACUCAAGUCCCCGCCCUCUAGCCAGUUUCUAGAUUGCAUUGUAGGUAAGCUCAGCAAUUGUAGUAGUUGCAGAACCGCAUGCUGAACCCAGGAUCUGGCAAAGAUCCUGAGCCUUCUUGUAACCAAAUCAUGUGUAACUCAGCAAUUAUGUAGCACUAAAUUGGAGGGCUGGAGAUCCAGUUGGCAGUAGGUUGGUUGGGUCUCCAUCUUGAACAAAGGAUGAAGAAUCCUAUGCUGGGAUCCCCUGAUGGCCUGAUCCCAGCCUCCUCUGACUAAACUAAUUCCAACUGUAAGAGAGGUCCAUGUCCUUCUGGAUUUCUGAC